CCUGACCUCUCGUGCACUGUCAUGGCGGCUCGCUAGCGGUGCGCACGUGCGGAUUGGAGAGCGGAGCGAGGAGCCAGCGGCGACUUGCCUCCACGCGGAGACCCUCUCGAGUCGUCGCGGCUCCACACAGACACCCCCCCCGCUCGAGUCGGUGAGGCGCCAAAGCUCUACACACAGAGACGCGACUCGGAGAGACUCUACCCCGAGACCCCACUCGAGUCGCCGACCGUGCUCAUCGAGGGUGGUGUCUGCAGCGCUGAGCCGGCGCCAUGGGGAAGGCCAAGCCCAAGCGGAACUUGGCAGACAAGGUCCGGCGCACGAAGAAGACGGUCGACGUGCGAGCCAACCCGUUCGAGGUGAAGAUCAACCGGCAGAAGUUCUCCGUCAUUGGGCGCAAGCCGAAGCACGACCGCGGCCUCCCCGGCGUGUCCCGCUCCAAAUCCAUAAAGAAGCGCAUGGGGACGCUGCUGCAGGAGCACAAGCAGAAGAACAAGAGCAACGUGUUCGUGGACCGGCGCAUCGGAGAGAAUGACGCGUCCAUCAGCCUCGAGGACAAGAUGUUGCAGCGCUUCGCCAAGGAGCGGCAGCGCCAGCACACACGAGAGAACGUGUUUGCGCUGCACGAGGCGGAUGAUGAGGAGCAGCUCACGCACUACGGGCAGUCUCUGGCGGACGUGCAGGCGCUCGGGGACGCCCCCGACAGCGACAGCGACACGGGCGACCGCGGCCUCCUGUCAGCGGAAUUCACGGAGGCGCACUUUGGCGGCGGAGGGGGCCUGCUGCGGAGGAAGAAGGCUGCUGCUGCUGCUGCUCCGGUUGGGGAGGGCGAGGACGGUGGGGGCGGGGCGGCUGCCGAGGUGCCGCACCGCUCCCGCAAGGAGCUCAUCGAGGAGCUCAUCACCAAGUCCAAGAAGGAGAAGUUUGAGAGACAGAACGCCCGGGAGCAGACGCUGGAGCUCACCGAGAAGCUCGAUGCCGAUUGGAAGCUGAUCCAGUCGCUGCUGCCACACAAAUCGCCCAAGGCCCUGCGUGCCGAGGCUGAGGACGAUGCACCGCGGAUGGAGGCCUACGACGUGGCGGUGCGGGAGCUUGCCUUUGAGAUAAAGGCGCAACCGAGCGAGCGCCUCAAGACGGCGGAGGAGAUGGCGCGCGAGGAGGCCCAGCGACUGCAGCACCUAGAGGCGGCGAGGCUGCGGAGGAUGCGCGGGGCCUUUGAGGAGAAGGCGCAGAGCGAGAGGCCCAAGCACCUGUCGGCCGACGACCUCCACGACGGCUUCGAUGUGGACGACGAGCCCACGGCGCCGGCACUCGCCUACGAGGACGGCAAGCUGAAGACAGUGACCUGGGCCGACGAGGCGACCGCAGCCCACGGGGACAGCGAUGAGGAAGACGACCGCGGUGAAGAGAAGGGAGAGGAGGAUGAAGAGGAGGAGGAUGAUGAUGCUGAUGAUGAUAGCGAUGGUGAUGAUGACCACUCGGAUCUGGAGUCGGAUGAACAGGCUGGCUCUGAGGAAGACGACAAGGAGGAAGAGGAGGAGGAAAUGGAUAGUUUUGUGCUUAAGUUGGCUUUGAGUGUGGAUGGGGAGGAGGAGGAUGGGGAGGAGGAGGAUGGGGAGGACGAGGAUGGGGAGCCAGGUGGCCCGAUUGGGGAUGGGAGGCGGACGCAGGCCGUGCAGCAGCAGGCGGCGCCGUUGCUGCACGAGCGGAGGCAGGCGAUGGAGGCGGCGAGCAGGGAGAUGCCGUUCACCUUCCCGGUCCCCACGAGUGCGCAGGAGCUGCGGACGCUACUGGACGGGUACCGGCCCGAGCAGCGUGCGACCGUGCUGGCACGUGUCCAGGCCUGCACUCACCCCAGCCUGGCUGAGGGCAACAAAGCCAAGCUGGGCGUGCUGUGUGGGUUUGUGCUCGAGUACGUGGGCGAGCUGGCGCGGCGCUGCCCACCCGAUCUGCCCACCGUGGACCUCCUCAUCAGACCGCUGUACGACCUGGCUCGGCUGUGCCCGCGACAGGCGGGCAUCGACUUCCAGGCCGUCCUCGCCGCCGGCCAGAGCGAGCUCAGCCAGCACGGCCGCCCCCCCUCGCUGGACCAGCUCGUCUACCUCAAGCUCGUGUCACUCAUCUUCCCCACGUCCGACUUCCGGCACCCCGUGGUCACCCCUGCCACCGUCUACUUGAGCCAGAUCCUUUCCCAGUGUGCCGUGAGCAGUCUCCGUGCGGUGGGUGUCAGCCUCUUCGCGUGUCACCUCCUGCUGGAGUUUGUGCGGCUGUCCCAGCGCUUUGUGCCCGAGCUGCUUGUACACCUGCACGGGCUGCUGGUCCUGGCGCUGCCACCGCACGCGACACCAGGCGUGCGCGCGGUUCCUCCAUUCCGUGCCGGCGUGCGCGGGAGGGGGCUGCUGGUGGUGCGUGACGCCGCCUCCUUGGCCUCAUGGAGCCAGGCGCCGCUCUCGCUCAGCGCUGUCAUCCAGCUGCAGCGCGAAGACGCCGCUACCGCCGCCACCGCCGCUCCUGCCAACAUCACCACCGUCGCCACCGAUCCCGAGGCCGCCACCGCAGCAGUCGCUGCGGUGGCAACCGCAGCGACAGCCACGCACGACCACUUCCGGAUCUCUGCAGUGGGGCUGUGCCUGGAGCUGGUGCAGGAGUGCGUGCGUGCAUAUGCGCAAUUGCCCUCGCGCACGCCGGCCUUCCAGCCGCUCCGUGAGCUCCUGGGAACGCACCUCGACCUGAGCAACUACCCUCCCAGCUUCCAGGCCAUGGUGGAGGAGAUCAAGGCGGACCUGGACGCUCCGCAAACGCUCACCCUGCUCAAGUUUGAGAAGAGCCGGCCGCAGCCCCUCAAGAUGUUCCAGCCCAAAGUGGAGCAAGUGCUGGAGUUUGGCAGGAAGAAGGCGGGGAGCAGGCCCGAGAAGGACCGCAAGCGCCUCGUGGCGCAGCACAAGAAGGAGUGGAAGGGCGCCGUGCGCGAAAUCCGCAGGGACACGCAGUUCUUGGCGCGACAGCAGCUGAAGGAGCAGAUGGACAGAGACUCGGAGCGCAAGCGCAAGGUGAAGGAGCUGCACCACCUGCUGGCCACGCAGGAGGGCGAGUGGAAAGCGCUCAAGCGCAAGAAGAUGAAGGCCUGAGGGGGAGGCGCCGUUGUCUCACUCGCACCACGACCUUGCGCCCCGUCUCCGACUUGUUAUGAAGCUUUCACUUUUGGUUUCCCCCGGUGACCAAUAUUUUGUGAAUGCGCAUGUGUACAGGUAUACGUCGUGUAUUUGUAAUGUCUUAUUUACCAAAAUAAAGGACCUUGUUCCAA